AGUCAUGGAAUUAGUGGGAUUGGUGUCAUUGCCGUCGUCUUCGUGUAUCUCAACGAUCCAAAACAAGCCUCCUCCGUUCGAGAAACCCAAAUGGCAUCGUCCCUCCAGUCUACGACCCAUUUCGCCCUUCUCAUCCAUUUGCAGGAACAAGUCGAAAUUCAAGCUUUCCUCAACCCUUUUUUCGACUGUUUCGGCUGACACAUCAGACGCACCUGCACCAGAGGCAGAAAUUAAAACUAGCGGAGAAGAAGAGAAAUUCGACUGGUUGUCGAAUUGGUAUCCCCUUGCACCUGUGUGUGACCUGGACAAGAGGGUUCCCCAUGCGAAGAGGGUGAUGGGUCUCGACGUUGUGGUGUGGUGGGAUCGCAUUGAGGGGAAAUGGCAGGUCUUCGAUGACAGUUGCCCGCAUCGUUUGGCGCCACUCUCAGAAGGACGGAUCGAUCAGUGGGGUCGAUUGCAGUGCGUGUACCAUGGGUGGUGCUUCAAUGGCGCUGGUGACUGCAAGCUCAUUCCUCAAGCCCCACCGGAUGGUCCUCCAGUCCACACAUUCAAGAAGGCAUGUGCAGCUGUUUAUCCAAGUUUUGAGCAGAACAGUAUUGUUUGGUUUUGGCCAUGCACCGCUCCUCAAUACAAGGACAUCCAUCUGAAAAUAAAGCCUCCAUAUAUUCAAGAGUUGGAUGAUCCAUCAUAUUCAAGUUUGAUGGGGACAAGAGAUAUUCCAUAUGGGUAUGAAGUUCUGAUUGAAAAUCUCAUGGACCCUUCUCAUGUUCCAUAUGCACAUUAUGGAAUAAUGCGAAUUCCAAGUGCCAAUUCCAGAACUAAGGUUGACAGAGAAGGAGGAAAACCAUUGGAGAUAAAUGUACAAGAAUUAGAUAAAAAUGGUUUCCUUGCAAAGCAGGAGUUAGGAUACAACAAGUUUAUAGCACCUUGUGUGUUUUAUGCUUCUCCAAGUUUGGGUAUGAAUCAAGGCAAUGGAUCAUUGUCAUCAGCGGGUAUGGAGGAACAACCAACUAAUUUGGCAAAGCGGCGAAUGCUUCUGAUUUUUAUUUGUAUUCCAGUCAGUCCUGGUAAAAGCAGAUUGAUAUGGACCUUUCCUAGAAACUUUGGAGUUUGGAUUGAUCAGGUUAUCCCAAGAUGGAUGUUCCACAUUGGACAAAACCUAAUCUUGGAUUCAGAUCUUUAUCUUCUCCAUUUGGAGGAACAUAAGAUAAAUGAUCUUGGCUCAUCCAAUUGGCAAAAGGCAUGUUUUGUGCCAACAAAAUCGGAUAACCUUGUUAUUGCCUUCAGAAAGUGGUUGAGAAAGUACUCAGGUGGUCAAGUGGAUUGGGGUACCAAGUUCAGUGGAGCUCUUCCUCCUACCCCUCCUAAAGAACAGCUAAUGGAUAGGUACUGGUCUCAUGUGGUAAAUUGCAGUAGCUGCAGUAUGGCAAUUAAGGGUCUCAAAGUGUUGGAAGUUGCUCUCCAGGUUUUCUCUAUUGCUUCUAUUGGGGUUGUUGCAGCCGUCAAGCAGGGUGCAAUGUCGUAUACUGCACGGAGUACCAUGGUUUUCAUGGCAGUGCUAAGUUUUGUGGUGUCAAAGUGGUUGUCUCACUUCAUCUACAAGAAUUUCUAUUUCCAUGAUUACAACCAUGGUUUCAAAUGAGAUAAGUAUGAUAAAUCUGUCAAGGAAGUGCAUGAAAAUAUCUCCAUUUGUACAGUAAAAACUGUAUGAAGUCUUACUGAAUUUUGUAUAUAUGACAACAAGAAAAAACUUGUAUUAUGUAUACACGAUCCAA